AAGCGCAGCGAGAGCGAACCUGUGGAAACCGCGAUGAACAGCUGAUCCUCCCGCGGUGGAUGAAGCCUGCGGCCGCUCAUGAUGUCCGCUCCUGCGCACGGCGCUAUGUGAACAGCUGCUGGACAAACGAAGAGAAGGAAGUCCUAACAAGAAGGAAAGAGUGAAGAUAUCUGCUCAUGCAUAUGUUUUUUUUCUUUUUCUUUUUUGGGAUUUUAAAUUAAUAAUAAGAUCUUAGAUUUGUGCCUUUUUCUUCUUCUUCCCGGAUUGGAGAUACUGCGCGCUUCUCGGUGCGUCACCGGCUCUCCGUCAUGCUCUUGCCAAGCGCCGUUGUCGUCGCUUUUUCUUGCUUUUUGGCCCCGUUGCUCCUCUGCUACCUGCCUCAAGUCUCAGCACAGAAGCCCGGAUCGCGGUGGCUGAUCGGAGACAGGGACAACCACUGCGGGUCCGUCUGCUUGCGGACGCUGGGGAAGCCGGUGUGCGGCUCGGACGGGCGGACCUACGAGACGAACUGUGAGCUGCAGAGGGCCCGAUGCAGGGACAAGACGCUGACGAUGGCGCAUCGGGGAAGGUGUCGAGUGAAGUUUUCGCUGCCGGUGGCUCCAGCACCAACGGCCACAUCUGACGGGAGAGAGCCAGAGCCGAAAGAUGCGGGUCAGUCGAAGUGCCACGUGGAGAGGAGCCAGGCCCUGGAGCAGGCGCGGAGGCCUCAGGAGUCCACGUUCGUCCCCGAGUGCAACGAGGACGGAACGUUCGCCCAGGUCCAGUGUCACACUUUGACAGGUUACUGCUGGUGCGUCACCGCCGACGGCAAGCCAGUGAGCGGCUCCUCUGUGCACAACAGGAAACCUGUGUGUUCAGGGUCAGUGACCGACCGACCGCCUGGGCCCCCGAACGCGGGUAGAAAAGGAAUGUUCCAGAUGCUGCGAAACCGCACGCAGGUCUCCUUCCGUUUCUUUCUCACUCUCAACCCAGACGACGGCUCCAAGCCCACCCCCACCAUGGAGACCCACAUCCCCCCCGAGGGCGAGGAGAUAACUGCUCCGACGCUGUGGAUAAAACAUUUGGGUUACAUGGAGAAUAAGCAGAACAGCUCCACCUCCAGAAGGCAAGAAAAGGUUCCCUCUUGUGACCAGGAGAGACAGAACGCCCUGAAUGAGGCUCAGCAGAGCUCUCGGGAGUCCAUUAUUAUUCCGGACUGUGGGUCUGGAGGUCUUUACAAACCGGUCCAGUGCCAUCAGCACACCGGUUACUGCUGGUGUGUUUUGGUGGAUACGGGACGGCCCAUCCCUGGAACGUCAACCUUGUACAAGACGCCGGAGUGUGACGAAGGCGCCCGGUCUUACGUCCCGGACCCGGAGGACCCGUUCCACGUCAGACCCCUGCAAGGCUGCCCAGAGGGGAAGAAGGGGGAAUUCAUUACAAGCUUGUUAGACGCUCUCACAACCGACAUGGUGCAAGCCAUAAACUCACCGGCCCCCUCCGGUGGCGGGAGGUUUGUUGAACCUGAUCCCAGUCACACUCUGGAGGAAAGAGUGGUGCAUUGGUACUUUGCCCAGCUGGAUAACAAUGGCAGCAAUGACAUCAACAAGAAGGAACUCAAACCUUUCAAGAGGUACCUGAAGAAGAAAGCUAAACCUAAGAAAUGUGCCCGCAAGUUCACCGACUACUGUGAUCUGAAUAAGGACAAGGCUAUUUCGCUGCAGGAGCUGAAAGGCUGCCUCGGUGUCAGCAAGGACGGAAGCUGGUUGACAAGCGACAGUCAAGGAACAAGGCAAGGGACAAAACUGUUCAUCGGCCGUCUGGCGUGAGGACGAGAAGCUGAAGACGGGAGAAGAAGGGUCGGAGGCGACGCAUCUGCACGCUUCCCGACGGGAACUUAAAGUCGGAGCAGAGAAAUCAAGAAGUUUCUGAAUCGAAAAAAAAAAAGAAUGAGAGAAAGAGAGAGAGAAAAAAAAGAAAAGCAACAAAGCGGCGCCAAAAUAAUUGCACUUUUUCCUCCCUGUGUCUGACAUAUUAACUGCUUUUUUUUUGUUUGUUUUAUUUUUUUUUUUUUUUUUUGAAGUGACUGAGAAUUCACUAAGUAAAAAAUGAGAAUAUAUUUGUAAAGAGUUGACAGGCUCACCACUGGAAGAGCGCGUAUGUGUAUGUAACCACUCCCCCUCCCCUGCUGUACGUUCAGUCUGCUGUGUUGAUUUGUUCAGUGCACAUGUUUCAAUCCCGGGCCUGUCCAAUAAAACCUUACACCACCCUCAACCCCCGCCCACAAUCAAAAAAUCAGUGAACCCACUGACUUCCACCUGAUUUGUCAGCAUAAAACAAUGAACUCCAGGAAUCCCCUCGCUCUGGUUAUAGAUCUGUCUGUGUUCCUUGUUAAAAAAACUAAACAACAACAACAACAACAAAAAAAACAACAGAUGUUUGUGUUGUAGACAAGAAAAGAAAACAAGAACUGGCUGCAAGUACUUGGAUGUGCCACCCAAAACCGAUGCAGGACUCCAUUGUGGCCACGCCAUCUGCACUAAAUACUUCACACAGUCUGUUAGCUGAAGAAAAAAAAGACAAAACAUAAUAAAAAGAAGGGAAAAAAAGGCAAUAAAAAGCACUGAAGUAGUUCAGACAAUACCUGCGGUGGCGUAAUGCGUCUCUUCUUCAGAACCCAGCGGGUGAUUGGCCGACAGCAAAGCCAUCAGUUCAGCUCCACUCUUAAGUCUCUUACAUAACCUGGCACAUCCGAAUAUCUGAAGACACGCAGCGUGGACGUCUGAUAGAUGAGCCUUUAAAUGACACGAACCGAUAAAUGAGUCAAAUUAUCUUCAACAAAAGAUUAUUGUAGCUGAUCAAUUACGCACAGCAGCUCUCGCUGCCGCGUUCCACCUUGUUCGGCUGCCAUUUUGCGUUUGGUGUUUUCAGAUUUUUCCAUCUUCGCUGUCAUUUUUGCUGACAUUUAAUGUGACAUUUAAGGCCUAUGUGGUGAAAAGUAGAAGGAAAACGACAACGUGGUUGUCAAUUUGCCCUCAGAAAGUUGUGUCCUGGAUUAAUACUUUGUUUGUUUCUACCAGCAUAGAACAAGAUUUAAGUUGCGGCCAUCCCUGAAUGUCAAUUUUCAAGUCUCGCCCCGAUUCUAAAUUUCAUUUUUGUCUGGAGUUUGUCUGGGACAUUUGUACACACGAAUAUCCUUUGAUUGUAUCUCAUGCUGUUUGUUUUGUGUCGCCCUGCCUGGACGGUGAGCCUGACGGCUAGAUGUGAGCAGCUCCAUCAAUUCGACCAGCUUCCCACGAUGCCGCCGCCACGAUGCUGAAAACCUCUGAGGCCUUCAGACUUUAUUCACUAAGCAGGCGACUUCUAAACUCAGUUGAUUGCGCUCGAUUUUUAUUUGAGAGCAGUAGAGCAAAGAGGGGCUGGAUGCAAAAAAAAAUAAAUACAUAAAAGCAUGUCACACUUUUCAGAUUUCUACCUGUAAAACAUUUGAAAACCAUGUAUUAUUUUCUUUUUUUAACUUCCACUUAACCGUGAGUCAGUACUUUGAGAAACCUGAAAUUAGUGGAUGCAAAGUGAAAUUACAUGAUUGAUUUCAAGCCAUUUAAAAAAAUUACCUGCAUUUGUAAUUUGCAAAAAAAUGACACAAAGCCAAAAAAAACCCCAAAAAACAACAGAGCAGAGAGGGAAGAGAUAUUAAGUCUGUUAGGAAUGUGAAGCACAAAAAUCCCUCCCCACAUUUGGGAACAAUCGGGUUUCAAAGUAGGAGAAACGCUUUCGCUGCUGGACUCUCUGGACGCUCGUGUUCGUUUGUUUUGACUUUUUUUGCGUUUUCUCAUUUUGUUUUUCUUUUCCCGCUCCCCACAAAUGUCUGCAGCGGCUCAUAGAUGCGGAACGCUUCUUAUUGUGAAUAUGUACAAUAACCCUUGUUGUUUGACGGUUGUACUAAAUCCCACCACAGUGGCAUGAUUUUAAAUGUACCUCACUGUCAGAGAGCUUCUUGUGAAACACAUCCCCUUCUCUCCCCCUCUGUUUACCUCGUGUCGAACAUCUUUUACUUGUUGUGUAGCUCAUUCACGCUUAAAUCCAUAGACUGGGCUGUUUAUUUUUAUUUUUUUAUCCGCGCUCUGCUUCAUUUUUUGUCUUGCCUUCAUCACUGAACGCCAGCAGGAAUGCAACACAGCGUCUGGGGCUUACAAUCAGAAAGUCCGGUUGUUUCUAUUCUAACUUGAACUGAACACUUGUGCCAAGAACAAGAGAAUAAUCCCAUCC